AUCGUAAAUUUAAUUCAAACUGACAAAACUGGGUGCGUACAGAAAUGUAAACUAUUCGCCUUCAGAACCAAUUGAAAAGUGAUCUUAAAAAUUAUCAACCGAUUUUAAACAAAGUUAUUAAUUGAUACCAAAAAAAGAGAACAAAACAGAAGCUGUUGUGUUUAGUUUAGUUAAUUAGUGAGAGAGACAAUAAAGGACAAUUUAGAACAAUGAAGCUGUUUGGUAUUGUGGCGGUAAUUGGCCUGUUGGCGUGGUGCGUUGUGGCCCAGGAACACGCCGGAAGUGACGGCGGCGAGUGGCCUGAGUGUGGCAGCGAGGAAAAUGCCCACCGGGGAGAGUUUACCCCGUACGACUACUCGGCGCUGGCGUUUAUGCUUGUGGUUUCCCUUGGAAUAGGCGUAUUCUAUGGAUAUUUCGUGAAGCCAAAAAAGGAUGCGGAUCCCGAAUCGAACGAGUUUCUGCUCGGUUCUGGCAUGACUGUUUUCCCGGUAACGCUGAGCCUGACGACGAGCUUCAUCACCGCCAUCGAACUUCUGGGAAAUCCCUCGGAGAUGUUCUUCAGCGGAACCCAGUACGCGCUGAUUGUUAUUUCUGCCCUGCUCGUAAUCCCCGUUGCGGUGAAGAUGUUCUACCCAAUCUAUUACAAGCUGAAUCUGACCAGUUGCUACGAGUAUUUGGGGAUGCGGUUCGAUAACAAACUUCGAGUUUUCGGGGGAAUUUUGUACAUUCUGCAGAUGUCGUUCUAUACUUCGGUGGCCGUCCUGGCUCCGGCGAUCGCCCUCUCCAAGGCAACAGGUCUGGAUACGCACGUGGCUGUCGCGUUGAUUUACUUUGUGUGCAUCUUCUACUCGUCGCAGGGCGGGAUGAAGGCCGUCGUUAUUGCGGAUACUUUCCAGGCAUGUGUACUUGCUAUCUCCCUCAUUUUGGUUGUAGCCCUCGGAUGGCACUAUACUGGAGGUCCGGGAGAAGUGUUUUCAAUGGCUAAUAAACACGAUCGCAUCGAAUUGCUAAACACCGAUGUCAACCCCACCACCCGCCACAGCGUGUACUCGGUCAUCAUUGGGGGCUUCUUCUAUUGGACGUCGCUGUUUUGCACAAAUCAAGCAUCGGUUCAGAAAUGUAUGUCAUUAAAAUCGCUCAAUAAGGCAAAAAAGGCCAUUUAUUUCGCGAUACUCGGAUUGGUGCUGGUGUUUCUGUUCAAUUUCUACACCGGGUUGAUGACUUUUGCCCACUACGCCGAAUGUGACCCGCUGCGGUCGGGACAGAUCUCCGAGAAGGACCAGCUGGUGCCGUUCUACGUGAUGGACGUUUUCGGCCACAUCAAGUUCGUAACCGGAAUCUUCGUGGCGGGGAUUUUCGCCGCAAGCUUGGGAACUGUUGCCGCUGCACUCAACUCGCUGUCGGCCGUCACGUGCGAGGACAUUCUGGUGGCCGGAGUUGGCCUGAAGAUUCCCCCGGAGAAGGCCUCCAAGUACGCCAAGUGGAUGUCGCUGGGCUACGGCGUUUUUUCCUUCGGACUGGUGUUCGUGGUGGAGCGACUCGGCGGAAUCCUGCAGGCAACUCUCACGCUAAACGGUCUGAUUGGCGGCGUCACGCUUGGUCUGUUUUCCCUCGGGAUCCUGUUCCGGCAUGCCAACGCCAAGGGUGCCCUGUACGGUGGAAUCCUGUCGCUGGCAUUUGUCAUCUACAUCGGCGUAAUGGCCCAGAUCGACGGCGAACCGGUGCAGCAUUUGCCAUCUUCUGUCGCGGCCUGCAACUGCACGGAACCGGUUCCGGUCAACUCGCUGGCGUCCAUUUUGAGCAGCCGAGUCGACUACAAUGUCCACGGUGAUGGACCGGUCAGCCUGGCGCUGGUUGCCCUGGACGAGCACUUCAACCCGGCCGGAGCCGGUCUGUCAACUGCGAGCGGUGAUCGAGUGCUUCCUGCCAUGGAAAUCAUGCCCCGCAGCUCGGCAGCAGCAACCGACGACAACCCGCUGGCACCGGUGUACCGUAUAAGCUACAUAUGGUACUCGUUCCUGGGGACAUUCCUGACGAUUUUCUUCGGUUUCAUCAUCUCGCUGAUGACGGGCGGCGUGUGCGGGCUCCAGCAGAAGGGUGGUACCGACCUGCUACCGGGCCGAGACGAAGAACGGUGCACCAAAGCUCUGAGCUACAGGAUCAGUCAGACGACACUCGGUGGGUCCGCCGCGGGGGAUGCUGACAAGGAGAGUGGCAGAAAAUCAAUUACCAAGGAUGAUAGCGGCUCCACUCGGAUCCAGAUUGGUGCACCGAUGACGAUGAUGAUGAAAACCGGAGUGUCUGCCACUUCGAAGAAGAACAAGAAAAACGGAAACGCUGCUGAUGAAGGUAACAUAUUUGCAAUCGAGGGAUAUCGUAAUCAACCCGGAGUUCUUGGCUCAGAACAGUCCCAAUCAGCGGCGGCGACCGUCGUCAGCCCGGCCAGCCUCGCAGUGAAGGUAGAACGUGAGAGGUUUUAAUUAUUCGUUUUGCUUGUGGCGGUUUUUCGGUGCAAAUUAAAAACGAUAUUCCGCAGGAAGUGGGUGGACACUGAAAGUUCACUCAAGUUGUUGCAUUUUAAUGAAUAUUUAUCAAACUUUGUUAUAACCUAUCAUUAAUAUUUAUCUAAUGUGAAAUAUUUUCCUCUCCAUCAUAACACAAUUUCCGCCAGCAAUUACCAAACAGGUUCCAAACCGCAUGAAUUUAAAACUUGAUUAGUACAAACAUAGGGAUGAUGCUUCCAAUGUAACGCAGGAAGCUUCAAUCCAGUUUAUUUGUUAUGUAGUAGUCCAGAAUCAUAUGUUUAAAGCUAUAAUCCCUAUUAUUUCAAUGAAAUAUAAUUAAAACACUGUGA